AACUCCCAAAAUAUAAUAAUCAGAUUAGAGUCCGCUUUUCAAAGUUGUCUCCUUUAUGAUGAAACAAAAACAAAACAACCCCACUUGAUAAUAUGAUGAUGAUCCCUCUUCUCCUCCUAUAAAAAGCAAACCUUUGUUCCUCAAAUCAAUUCCAUCACAUCUUUGUUUGUUUGGGUCUGUUUUCUCUGUUUCUGAUUUUUUUGAUUAGUCGUCUGAAUGUGUUUGAUUAUGGAUUCGGAGGAUGAUCACCACAACAACAACAACAACGACGGUACUGAUGUUUUAUCGCCGCCGUUUAACUUUUCCAUGGUUGAAGAUGGUAUUUACCGAUCUGGGCUUCCUCGACCUGAUAAUUUCACUUUCCUCGAUACCCUAAACCUUCGUUCCAUCAUUUAUCUUUGUCCUGAACCAUACCCAGAGGAGAAUCUCAAGUUUCUUGAGGCUAACAACAUUAAGCUUUUCCAAUUUGGUAUCGAAGGCAAAACGGAUCCUCCUACUCCUAUGCCAAAAGAUACGGUUUUGGAUGCUCUCAAAGUCUUAGUUGAUGUAAGAAACCAUCCAAUUCUCAUUCAUUGCAAACGUGGAAAGCAUAGGACAGGUUGUCUAGUGGGAUGCUUAAGAAAAGUUCAGAGCUGGUGUUUAUCAUCGGUGCUCGAGGAAUACCAGAAGAACGCGGGUUUAAAGUGGAGACAAAGGGACUUGAAUUUUAUAGAGGCGUUUGAUAUAGUGAGCUUGAGAAAGUGUCUCUUGAGCAUCAUGUAUCGCUAUCACGGUUAUGGAUUCAAGAGGAGAAGGUUAGCGUAUGAAGAAGAAAAGGUCCAGACACCAAAACCGCAGGCUACUAAAGUUUAAAAAAGAGAGCAACCAAAAUGCUGCGAUAUGUCUCAAUAUUGAUCGCUGGAUGAUUCUUGUAGGUGGAUAAGAUUUUAGUUUAUCCCAAAAUUCACAAGUUUGAUUUGGUUUUACAAGAAAUCGAAAUGUACAGGUAGGGUUUAUUCUUGAUUUGCAGAAGGGGUCAUUUUGUACUCGAUGAUGACAAAUAAUGCUUAUGUUGCUUCAUUUUUUUUAAUUGCAUUGUCAACUGGUAAAAGUUGCUUUA